AUGGUAUGUGUCGUCGUACACGCUGGUGCCGGAUAUCACUCUAAAUCAAAAGAAAAGAAAUAUAAUAAAUUGUGUUCGGAAGCCUGUUCAUUGGCCGGGAAACUUUUGUCAGUUGAUCAUAAAAGUGCCAUCGACGCUGUGGAAGCAGCUGUAGCGUAUUUAGAAGACUGCCCAUUAACCAAUGCAGGGAUCGGUAGUAAUCUGAGUAUUAAUGGGCUUCUGUUACAGUCACAAAUUGACCAUCCUCUGGGUGAGUUAGGACGCGUUCCUCCAUCUGUACUUGUCGGUGAUGGUGCUCAUCUGUGGGCUGCGUCAAAAGGAUAUCCUGUUGAAAAUAGUAAUCUCGUCACAAAACAUUCGCGGGUUUCAUGGGAAAAGUACAAAAGUUGGUUAUUUAAUGGGAACGAAAUGGAUGCAACUACAAAAGAUCCUCAUUUUAAUCAUCAUGAAAAUGUUCCUGAGUUAAAAAAGUCUCGUGUCCAUAGAUUUGAUACUGUUGGUGCUGUUUGUAUUGAUAUAGAAGGGAAGAUUGCUGCAGCAUCUUCUAGUGGUGGUAUUGCAAUGAAGUAUGAAGGUCGUCUAGGUCAAGCGUGUACAUAUGGUUGUGGUUGUUGGGCAGAAGAACUCAGUUCAUUUUCUAGUAUUGGGGUUGUCACUUCAGGUACUGGUGAACAACUUAUAAAAACCCAACUUGCUCAGCGUUCUGCAGAACGUUUUAAUGGUGACUCCAUUUCCGUUUCUGAAAUAGUUCACUCAUCUCUCACUGAUGGAUUUUUAAAUUCUAAGUAUCUUUCCUGUGAUAUGGAAAAAUUUGCUGGUGUUGCUGGAGUUUACGCUAAUUUCGAACGAAUUGACUUUCCUAAUGUAGAGGUGUUUUUUGGACACUCAACACGAUCUAUGAGUGUUGGUCACUAUCUGCCGAGUGUUAUGAAAAAACCAUUUGUCCGUGUAUCACGGAAGCAAAUUGAUAGACCUACGUAUAUAGAAGUCUACGCAUAUACCAUAUAG